AUGGCGGAAAAUGCUGACUCUGCUGGUUCAGCAAUCACAGCGCAUACUCCCGCUGAUGCUAUGGGCGUCCCUCCACCCAUCGUGAUACAAACACACUACCAGGAUGAGACAGAGGGUAAAGUUCCCAGCACGACAGAGGAUCUCUGGGUCCACAAAGACAUCCUUCUUCAGGCCGGGUGGUUUCAGAAAGCUCUUUGCGGGAAUUUCAGGGAAGCCAGCGAACAAAUCAUUGACUUGCCGGAAGAGGAUCCCGCAAUCUUUCAUUUCUUAGUUGCAUUUUUGUACGAAGGUACUUUUGAACCUAUUAGACCGGCAGCGAGUGUACUGGAGCCCGAUGUCGAUAAAGGCAAAGGGGUUGAGGUAGCCUCCGAACAAGCAGAAGCUUCAGAUUCGAGCUCAUCAAGCAGCAGUUCCAGCUCAGGAACAUCGAAUUCUUCAUGGCGCCGUCGCCGUCGGCGACAAGCCAGAGCUGCUGACCUUGACGAAGGCCAGGAUAAACAACCAGGCCAUCACCGGCCUGGAUGUCCUUGCCCUCGGUGCCUUGCAAGGCGUGAUUUCACGAGGUGUUGGCAGUGCGGCGCCAAUCGAUCUCGCGACGUCAACAUCCCUGUGCCUUUACCUUAUGUUCGAGGAGGGCCCAGGCGUGGUAUGCCGCCUCCUGGGGCCAUGCUCCCUCCUGCUGCCAUGGCUACAAUUCCAUCUCUGCAAGGACUGCCUGAGCGCAUCACGGGUGAGGAUCUACGGACGUGGUUUCUGGCAUAUGAGCUUCACCUCGACGUCUACAUCUGCGCCAACCGCUUCCUCAUGGAUGACUUCCGAAAGACUGUGAUGCGAUCAUGUGUCGAUAUGCUCGAGACAGCAGGCUGGGAUGCCGCACAGCCGGAUAUGAUGCAUCUAUGCAGGAAACUAUAUCGCAGCGUUCCAGAGGUGGAUGAGCUGCUCAAGAUGGUGAUGGCACGUGUAGGCUUUCUGCAACCAUUGUUGUGGAAGCGCUAUCCUGAGGAAACGAGUGAGUUCUUGGUGAGCAAUCCGGAGUUGGCUGCUACUAUCUUGAGAGAAACGGUGAUGAGGCAUUCUCAGCCAAUGGCGGAUCUGCCUUCGAUGGAGGCCACUCAUACUUCAGCCUACGAGGACGAGCUGCAGCAUCUAGGGCGACGUCCACCUGCGCAUAGUCGGCCCAACCGUCGCCACUAG